CUGCGUGUGGACAUGUAUCGUCUGCCCCUUUCCUCCCUCCUCCUCUUCCUCCUCGUGGACCGGACCCCUGCGGACAGCCUUCAGGAGGGCAUGAGGGACCUUCACUCGCGCUUCUCUCUGUCUCUGUACCAGUCUCUGAGCUCCGGACUGAACCAGACAAACCUCAUCGUGUCCCCCCUCUCUGUGGCUCUGUCUCUGGGGCUGCUGCAGCUCGGGGCACGGGGGAACACGCUAACUCAGCUGGAGGAGACUCUCGGAUACAAUGUUCAGGACCCUCACGUUCGGGACUUCUUGCUGCUCUCUGGCUCCUCCCUGAACUCCUCCGAGGGGGUGAAACUGCUCCAGACCUGCUCCCUCCUGGUCCACUCCUCUGUGCUGGUACAAAGAGACUUCCUCCACUCCGCAGCAUCGUGGUUCAACGUCAACGUGGUCCAAGCUAACCUCCAGAGCCCCAGGAGAGAGAGGCCGGAGCGCAGGAAUGAUGAGCCGUGGCCGUUGUCUGGAAGCAGCAGCAGUGGAGAGCUCUCGGGCUCCGGGGACCCUCAGCCCUCUGACUCCCCCUGGUGGCCGUCGUGGGUACAGAUGGCGCUGGUGAAUACGGUCAGCUUCAGAGGGGCGUGGCAGAAACAGUUUGUCUUCACGCACACUCAGAACCUCCCCUUUCUGCUCUCCAACGGCACCACCAUCAAAGUGCCCAUGAUGCACCAGGCCUCUGACGUCAGAUUUGGUCAGUUCCGGACAGGCGCAGAGCAGAGGUACACCGUCUUGGAGCUCCCGUACUUGGGCCAGUCCCUGAGCCUCCAGCUGGUCCUGCCCUCAGACCGCAGGAGCCCUCUGGGGCCUCUGGAGGAGCAGCUCGGGCCCCGGCACAUCUGGAGCUGGGACGCAGGACUCAGGAAGACCAGGAUGGACAUCUUUAUACCAAGGUUUAAAAUGCAGAAUCGGUUCAACCUGAAGUCUGUGUUACCUGUGAUGGGAAUCAGCGACGCUUUCAACCCGACGACCGCCGAUUUCUCCCGGAUCUCAGAGGAGGGCCUGUACGUGUCUGACGCGUUUCAUGACGUGAGGAUAGAAGUGACUGAAGACGGAACCAAAGCGGCGGCAGCUACAGCGAUGGUGCUACUGAAGCGAUCACGAGCUCCAGUUUUUAAGGCAGAUCGACCAUUUUUGUUCCUACUACGACACAGUAAAACAGGUUCAAUCCUGUUCAUGGGCCGAGUGAUGAACCCGGUCGACCAAUCAUCUUGAGUCUUUUCUCCUCUAAGCCCCGCCCCCCACAUUUUCACACUGGUAUUUAUUCUGACUCCAGGAAGAGGGACUUUAUUUUUGUACAGAUCUGUAAAUAAAAUUUUACUACAUGUUUUUACAA